UUUGUAAAAAGGGCAUAAUCCCUGUGCCCACUCACGGCUGUAGGGGGCUGCAUGGAGGUAAUGACGUGAGUUAGAGACCCAGUCCACAGUAGACGUGAGUCAACGCGUUUUUCCUCCUGGGAGGCCUGGUGCCCUGGCUGGCUGUGGGGGGUGUCCUCAAGUGGAUGUGACCUUGCCCUGCCCUUGAGGAGAGUUGGCCCAACAGCCUGGAAAUCCUUGCUGCUUCUGUUCCCAAGGGUAACCUGCUGUUUGGUUCUCUUGCUCCAGCCUGACCCACUGCAAGGUCCUGCGGGGGUGGGACUGGAUGCUGGUCACCCAGAGGCCUCCCCGGCUCCCAGCACCUUGAGCCCCAGCUGUCUGGCCCCCCAUCGCCGCCUCCCCCACCCUCCACUCUGCCCAUUCCCGUUGAAGGCCGCGGCUCUACCACUCUCUGCACUGCCAUGAGGCCUGCACUGCGCAGGGUGAAGUCCAAAGUUCAGUCCCUUCGCUAAGCACACGGAUAAAUAUGAACCUUGGAGAAUUUCCCCAGCUCCAAUGUAAACAGAGCGGGCAGGGGCCCUGAUUCACUGGCCACUGGGGCCAGGGUUGGGGGUUGGGGGUGCCCACAGGGCUUGGCUAGUGGGGCUUGGGGGGGGCAGCGGGUGCAAGGAGCCUGGCUGGGGCCUGCCUGCGGGCCGGCCAGCACGGAGCCAGCCCACGCGGUCGGGGGAGGCGGCCGGCCCGGUGGCCCCUGGCCGCGUGGCCCGGCGCUAGUGGAGCCAUGGUUUCUAAACUGAGCCAGCUGCAGACGGAGCUCCUGGCGGCCCUGCUCGAGUCAGGCCUGAGCAAAGAGGCGCUGAUCCAGGCGCUGGGUGAGCCGGGUCCCUACCUGCUGGCUGGAGAUGGCCCCCUGGACAAGGGGGAGUCCUGCAGCAGUGGCGGCGGCCGAGGGGAGCUGGCCGAGCUGCCCAAUGGGCUGGGGGAGACCAGGGGCUCAGAGGACGAGACGGACGACGAUGGGGACGACUUCACGCCGCCCAUCCUCAAGGAGCUGGAGAGCCUCAGCCCAGAAGAGGCGGCUCACCAGAAGGCCGUGGUGGAGACCCUGCUGCAGGAGGACCCGUGGCGCGUGGCCAAGAUGGUCAAGUCCUACCUGCAGCAGCACAACAUCCCGCAGCGGGAGGUGGUCGACACCACCGGCCUCAACCAGUCCCACCUGUCCCAGCACCUCAACAAGGGCACGCCCAUGAAGACGCAGAAGCGAGCCGCCCUGUACACCUGGUACGUCCGCAAGCAGCGAGAGGUGGCCCAGCAGUUCACCCACGCAGGCCAGGGUGGGCUGAUUGAAGAGCCUGCGGGAGAUGAGCUGCCGACCAAGAAGGGGCGCAGAAACCGAUUCAAAUGGGGCCCAGCCUCCCAGCAGAUCCUGUUCCAGGCCUAUGAGAGGCAGAAGAACCCCAGCAAGGAGGAGCGGGAGGCGCUGGUGGAGGAGUGCAACAGGGCGGAGUGCAUCCAGAGGGGGGUGUCACCGUCGCAGGCCCAGGGACUGGGCUCCAACCUCGUCACAGAGGUGCGUGUCUACAACUGGUUUGCCAAUCGCCGCAAGGAAGAAGCCUUUCGGCACAAGCUGGCCAUGGACACGUACAGCGGGCCGCCACCGGGGCCAGGUCCCAGCCCUGUGCUGCCUGCCCACAGCUCCCCUGGUCUGCCCCCGCCUGCCCUUUCCCCCAGUAAGGUCCACGGUGUGCGCUAUGGACAGCCUGCCACCAGUGAGGGGGCGGAAGUGCCCUCAAGCAGUGGCGGUCCCUUGGUGACUGUGUCUGCACCCCUGCAUCAAGUGUCUCCCACCGGCCUGGAGCCCAGUCACAGUCUGCUGAGCACAGAGGCCAAGCUGGUCUCAGCCACUGGGGGCCCCCUGCCCCCAGUCAGCACCCUGACAGCACUGCACAGCUUGGAGCAGACAUCUCCAGGCCUCAGCCAGCAGCCCCAGAACCUCAUCAUGGCCUCGCUUCCCGGGGUCAUGGCCAUUGGGCCUGGAGAGCCUGCCUCCCUGGGCCCCACGUUCACCAACACAGGAGCCUCCACACUGGUCAUUGGCCUGGCCUCCACGCAGGCACAGAGUGUGCCGGUCAUCAACAGCAUGGGCAGCAGCCUGACCACCCUGCAGCCCGUCCAGUUCUCGCAGCCGCUGCACCCUUCCUAUCAGCAGCCACUCAUGCCCUCUGUGCAAAGCCACGUGGCCCAGAGCCCCUUCAUGGCCACCAUGGCCCAGCUGCAGAGCCCCCACGCCCUCUACAGUCACAAGCCUGAGGUGGCCCAGUACACCCACACGGGCCUGCUUCCACAGACCAUGCUCAUCACCGACACCACCAACUUGAGCGCCCUGGCUAGCCUCACGCCUACCAAGCAGGUCUUCACCUCAGAUGCUGAGGCCUCCAGCGAGUCCGGGCUUCACACGCCGGUGUCUCAGGCCGCCACCAUCCACAUCCCUGGCCAGGACCCUGCUGGCAUCCAGCAGCUGCAGCCCAGCCAUCGGCUCAGCGCCAGCCCCACCGUAUCCUCCAGCAGCCUGGUGUUGUACCAGAGCUCCGACUCCACCAAUGGCCACAGCCACCUGCUGCCAUCCAACCACAGUGUCAUCGAGACCUUCAUCUCCACGCAGAUGGCCUCUUCUUCCCAGUAACCACGGCCUC